GUGCCUGAGGUGGGAGCGCGGUUGCCGCGGUGAGUCCGCCUGCUCUCGCCGAGGUGUCUGUUGCUGUCGGGGUCCAGCGGAGCGAGGGCUCGGGUCUGACGGCCAAACGCUGACGAGGAAAAUUACACCUUUUUCUGUGUUUUUGAUGGUCUUGUUUUGUCAGAGAGCGACGGAAUUAUUUUUUUGUUUUUAAAAAGUCGGUACCGAAAUCUGAGGCGAGGUUUGGAUAGUGGACGCUGCCCGGGGAUGGCAGGGUCGAGAGCCGGGAAUGGCGGCCUGCUCCUCGGCCGCCAGUGAAGGAGGCUUCCUCCGGCGCCGCCGACACACGGCGAGACCGGCGCAGUCCGCCUGAGGGUAAAACAAAUGACAAAGACGUGGAUUAAUCCUUUGGGACCGAACUGUAAUUUGAUUGAAGACCGCAUGAGAGGCUUUCGUAACAGCAGCAGAUGCCACCUGCUGAUCAUUUGUAAAGAUUGAUGGCGUAUUUGUGCUUAGUUUUGAUUCCUGAUACACUUAUCACAAAUUUGGAGUGAAUAUUGACGAGCCCUGCAGAUGAAGAUAUGUUCCGUAACAGCCUAAAGAUGCUCCUCAGUGGUGGGAAGUCCAACCGCAAGAGCAGAUCAAGCGACAGUGGGAACGAGGAACAAUCAGAUCGGAGGCAGACAAACAUAGAUUCUCGUCAGAACCGGUUUGGACAAGGUGUGUCCAGUACAGAGAACGACUGUGCUUUUGAACCAGAUUACGCCGUCCCGUCUCUCCCAGUUUCGGAAGGAAUGCAGCAUAUUCGGAUAAUGGAAGGAAUGUCCCGCUCCCUCCCCUCUUCUCCACUGCUCACGCACCAAUCUAUCAGUGUCCGUCUUCAACCUGUAAAGAAAAUAACAGCCCCCCUGAGGAAGGCGAAGUUUGUGGAAAGCCCUCGAGUCCCAGAGUCGGAGCUCAGCUCCCCAACCAGAACCACAGCCAAGAAGCCAGACUUGGAUGCUUUCUGCCCUGGUGACUCAGAACAGGAACUCGGACCCCCACCCUCUGUGGAUGAGGCUGCAAAUACACUAAUGACACGCCUAGGCUUUCUGCUGGGAGAUAAAGCCUCAGAAGUACAAACAAGCACAGAAUACAGUAUGGAGGAGCAGGAUGAAAAUCAGACAUCUGCAGAGACUCAGCGAAUCAGCCCCUGCUCCACUCUGACCAGCAGUACUGCAUCCCCACCUGCUAACAGUCCCUGUUCUACACUACCACCAGUUAGUACUUCUGCAACUGUUAAGGAUUGCUCUUAUGGAACUGUCACCAGCCCAACAUCCACACUGGAGAGCAGGGACAGUGGUAUUAUUGCAACUUUGACAAGUUAUUCAGAAAAUGUGGACCGAUCCAAAUAUGGCGGGGAAAGUAGUAAGGAAUCAAGUUCCAGAGCAAACGUUAAACCUUGGCAUGGUCAGAAAUCUGCCAUGGACUCCUGUUUGUAUCGAGUGGAUGAAAAUAUAUCUGGCUCCACAUUCAGCUUGAAUAAAUUCCCGGAAAGAAACUUGGAGACUGUCUCAUCUCAAUCUGUUCACUCGAUACCUCUCUACCUAAUGCCUCGACCAAAUUCUGUAGCAGCUACAAGCUCUGCCCAUCUGGAGGACUUAGCUUAUCUGGAUGAACAGCGCCAUACACCAUUGAGGACAUCUCUGAGAAUGCCAAGGCAGCAUGUAACAGGAGGUCGAACCCCACAGGACCUUCGAGCCUCCACUAAUGCCCAUGCUUGGCACACUCACUCACUACGCUUUGCACCAUACAGACCUCCAGACAUCUCCUUGAAACCACUUUUGUUUGAAGUCCCCAGCAUCACCACAGAUUCGGUGUUCAUUGGGCGCGAUUGGCUCUUCCAUGAGAUUGAUGCACAGUUAAAAUGUGGUAAUCCCAGUGUGAACAGAGGAGUAGUGAUCAUUGGGAAUAUUGGAUUCGGGAAAACAGCCAUCAUCUCAAGACUGGUUGCCCUCAGCUGCCAUGGAUCUCGCAUGAGACAGAUUGCAUCUGAUAGUCCACAUGCAUCACCAAAGCAUGUGGAAAGUAACAGAGAUCUACCACUUACCCAGCCAUCUCAAGGACACCCGUCCAUUUCCAGUGGGAGCUGCCCAAGCACACCUGAACUCCGUCGACGUCAGGAGGAAGCUAUGAAAAGAUUGGCCACUCAGGUGGUGGCCUACCAUUACUGCCAAGCAGACAAUGCCUACACCUGCUUAGUUCCAGAGUUUGUACACAAUGUGGCAGCCCUCCUUUGCCGCUCACCCCAACUUGUUGCCUAUAGGGAGCAGCUCCUUCGAGAACCACAUUUACAGAGUAUGCUCAGUUUGCGAUCUUGUGUUCAAGAUCCUAUGGCAUCAUUUAGAAGAGGAGUCCUGGAACCACUUGACAAUUUGCAUAAAGAACGAAAGAUUGCAGAUGAAGAUUACAUCGUGUUAAUUGAUGGGCUGAAUGAAGCAGAGUUUCACAAACCAGAUUAUGGGGACACAAUUGUAUCAUUUCUCACUAAAAUGAUUGGAAAAUUCCCAUCAUGGCUGAAGUUGAUAGUGACAGUUCGCACAACUCUGAAGGAAGUGGCCAAACUUCUUCCAUUCCAUAAGAUAUAUCUGGACAAACUGGAUGUGAAUGAGGCAAUAGAUCAGGAUUUACAGGCCUAUAUUCUUCAUCGAAUUCACAGCAGCCCUGAAAUCCAGAAUAACAUCUCCCUCAAUGGCAAAAUGGACAACGCAACCUUUGGUAAACUCAGUACUCAUCUCAAAGCUUUGAGCCAAGGAUCGUAUCUCUACUUAAAACUGACUUUUGACUUGAUUGAGAAAGGAUACUUGGUGCUUAAGAGUUCAAGCUAUAAAGUAGUACCUGUUUCCCUUGCUGAGGUCUAUCUCUUGCAGUGUAACAUGAAGUUCCCUACACAGUCCUCCUUUGAACGUGUGCUACCACUUCUGAAUGUAGCUGUGGCAUCCUUGCAUCCAAUGACAGAUGACCAGCUUUACCAGGCAAUCAAUGCAGGGAAUAUUGAUGGUAGCCUUGAAUGGGAAGACUUUCAACAGAGAAUGGACAACCUUUCUAUGUUUCUGAUAAAACGGAGGGAUAUGACACGGAUGUUUGUUCAUCCAUCCUUUCGAGAAUGGCUAAUAUGGAGAGAGGAUGGAGAGAAGACAAAGUUCCUCUGUGAUCCCAGGAGUGGUCACACGUUGCUGGCAUUUUGGUUCUCUCGUCAAGAAGGCAAACUGAACCGUCAACAGACCAUUGAGCUGGGACACCACAUUCUUAAAGCUCAUAUUUUCAAGGGUCUGAGCAAAAAGGUUGGAGUUUCAUCCUCAAUUCUGCAAGGAUUGUGGAUAUCUUACAGUACAGAAGGAUUGUCCACAGCAUUAGCAUCUUUACGCAAUUUAUACACUCCAAACAUUAAGGUCAGUCGCUUGCUUAUUUUGGGUGGUGCCAAUGUGAAUUACCGGACUGAAGUGUUGAACAACGCCCCGAUACUCUGCGUUCAGGCCCACCUUGGUAACUCGGACAUGGUUGCACUCCUGCUAGAGUUUGGAGCAAAUGUGGAUGCCUGCUCAGAGAGCGGACUGACUCCUUUGGGAUAUGCAGCAGCUUCUGGGCACCUCACUGUUGUUCAUCUACUGUCCAAAAAGCGUGCAAAGGUGGACCACUUGGAUAAGAAUGGGCAGUGCGCUUUGGUCCACGCAGCACUGCGUGGCCACUUGGAAAUUGUUAAAUUUCUGAUCCAGGCUGACUGGACACUGGCAGGGCAACAGCAGGGCGUGUUUAAAAAGAGCCAUGCAGUUCAACAGGCGCUUAUAGCUGCAGCAAGCAUGGGAUAUACUGAGAUUGUCUCAUAUCUACUGGAUCUGCCAGAAAAGGAUGAAGAAGAAGUGGAACGAGCUCAGAUUAACAGUUUUGAUACUCUUUGGGGAGAAACAGCACUGACAGCUGCAGCUGGAAGAGGAAAGCUUGAAGUAUGCAGACUGCUUUUGGAACAAGGAGCAGCGGUGUCACAGUCUAACAGACGAGGGAUUGUCCCACUGUUCAGUGCAGUGAGACAAGGACACUGGCAGAUAGUGGAUUUGCUGCUAACUCACGGUGCGGAUUCAAAUAUGGCAGAUAAACAGGGUAGAACCCCUCUAAUGAUGGCGGCAUCAGAGGGACACCUCGACACAGUGGAAUUCUUACUUGCUCAAGGAGCAGCACUUUCACUAAUGGAUAAGGAGGGAUUGACUGCCCUCAGCUGGGCAUGUCUGAAGGGUCACCUGCCUGUAGUUCAGUCCUUAGUAGAGAGAGGUGCUGCAACAGAUCAUGCAGAUAAAAAUGGACGGACGCCUCUGGAUCUUGCAGCUUUUUAUGGUGAUGCAGAUGUUGUGCAGUACCUUGUGGACCAUGGAGCAAUGAUUGAACAUGUGGACUACAGCGGUAUGAGACCUUUGGACAGAGCAGUGGGGUGCCGCAAUACAGCAGUGGUGGUCACCCUUCUGAAGAAAGGAGCCAAGAUAGGUCCAGCGACGUGGGCAAUGGCCACCUCAAAACCGGACAUCAUGAUCAUCCUCUUGAGCAAGCUGAUGGAAGAAGGAGACAUGUUUUACAAGAAAGGAAAAGUGAAGGAAGCAGCACAACGAUACCAAUACGCAUUGAAGAAGUUCCCACGAGAAGGAUUUGGAGAAGAUUUAAAAACGUUUCGGGAGUUGAAAGUGUCCCUAUUCCUGAACCUCUCACGAUGUCGGAGAAAAAUGAAUGAUUUUGGAAUGGCAGAGGAGUUUGCAACCAAAGCACUGGAGCUGAAACCCAAGGCAUAUGAAGCAUAUUAUGCCAGAGCUAGAGCAAAGCGAAGCAGCAGGCAGUUUCCAGCUGCCCUGGAAGAUUUGCAUGAGGCUGUGAAGCUUUGCCCGAAUAACCGUGAGAUACAACGCUUGUUGAUACGGGUAGAAGAGGAAUUCAGGCAGUUGCAAUAUGGUCAGCAGUUGCAAUAUGGCCAACAGCAGCAGCAGCAGCAGCCACCACAACAACAGCAACAGACUCAACAAGAAGACGUAGACUCAAUGCAUGAAUUAUAUGAUGAGGAAUAUUUGGAGCAGGAGUUGGACAAUGUCUCUGUUGGCUUACAGACAGAACCAAGACCUAGCCAAGGGCUGCCUGUUAUCCAGAGUCCACCACCUUCCCCUGCCCACCGUGAGCCCACCUACAGAUCCAGCUCGCCUCUCAACUCCCACCAAGUUUUUGACUACAGACCAAACCCUUCAAUCUCCUCCCCAACUCGGCAGGGAUACCAGUCCACGUCACCGUCAGUUUCUCCUACUCACCAGAAUUCUCAUUAUCGGCCGAGUCCUCCGCCCACCUCCCCUGCUCAUCAGGGCUCUUCGUACCGCUUUAGCCCACCCCCUGUGAGUGGCCCAAGCAAAGAGUAUCAGUCAAGUCCCCCUCCUUCUCCACUGCGUAGAGCCCCGCAGUACAGAGCCAGUCCUCCUGCAGAUAGUAUGAGUGUAUACAGGUCUCAGUCUGGCUCCCCUGUCCGUUAUCAGCAAGAAUCCACCAUAGGUCAGCUUCCUGGUAGGCCAAAGUCUCCUUUGUCCAAAAUGGCCCAAAGACCCUACCAAUUAUCUCAACCUCCAUCAGGGCUACCCCAGCAAGGCCUUAGGUUACAACCAGCCAAGGCUCAAAUUGUACGCACCAACCAGCCCAGCUCUGCGGUACAUUCUAGUGCUGUUAUACUUGGUGGAUCCUAUAACCAAGGACCUCACUCCAUGAGCACCAAGCAUCAGUCUUCAGUUGAUAUGGCUCCUACUCAGAGUCGCUUGGUUUAUCAGCCUGUAAUGGGUGGAGUGGUAGCAGACAGCAGACCUGUCCAACAUGUGCAGGCGAGUCUGAGUGCAGGUGCAAUAAGCAAUGUUUGUCAGCAUCCUGGAACAGUGAUGACUAAAGAGGAUCACAGCCAAAGACCUUCUUCAGCCUUUCGAGGAGGAAUGAGGUAUGGCCAGACCCCUCAGAUUGGGCGCAGUCAGUCUGCAUCAUAUUAUCCUGUUUCCCAUUCCAAGCAUGAAUUGGAAAGGUCUUCUGUUCCAUCCAGCCAGAUUUCAUCUCCAGAUGUAUCUCACAUGAUCAGGAGGGCACUCACCGUGAAUCCUCCGGAAAUUAAACCUCACCCACCAACUCCUCGACCACUGCUCCAUUCUCAAAGCACUGGCCUUCGUUUCUCCCCCUCUAACAAUAGCCUUUCUUCUAGCUCCAAUGUGUCUUCAUUUCGACCUUCUGCUUCCAUCCAACAGAUGGAGAUUCCACUCAAACCCUCCUACGAAAGCCGAUCCAAUGAAGAACAAUCUCCCAUCUCUCCAACACAGGGUUACCCUGGAGACUCUGGUCGUUCAAGGACCACACCUUUCAUGGGGAUCAUAGAUAAAACUGCUCGGACACAGCAAUACACCCACAUGCACCAGCAGAGCCGAACGUGGGCUGUGUCCUCUGUCGACACUGUCAUCACCAGCCCCACCUCCUCUGGAGGGAUGUCCCCUCAAUCUGCCUCCUAUAGUCCACCCCCAGUUAGUAAUAUUGCUUUUUUCAAUAAGACUAACAAUGCCCAGAAUGGCCACCUGCUAGAGGAGGACAUGUGUAUCCCCCAUGGGAAGCUGACCAAUGGAUCCCGGGCAGAGAUCUUGGAGAGAGUUAGUCAGGCUCCCUCAUAUCCAGAUGUAAAGGUGGCGAGAACGCUGCCUGUUGCACAGGCAUAUCAGGACAGCAUCUAUCGGCAGCUUUCCAGAGACUCACGACAAGGGCCAACGUCACCUUUAAAACCAAAGAGACCAUUCGUAGAGUCAAAUGUAUAAAGGCAAUCCUUUAGAUUCUAAAUCCCAUGUUGUGAGCAGGUCUGCUAUUAAACUUCUUGCACAUGUAGCCACACAGUGCACUGUACAAUGAAGCUGCUUCCACUUGCAUUUGAAAUAAGCCAGAGAAAAGAAUUGUAGUGGGUUUAGUUUUAUUUCGUUACUAAAUUAUGUGUAGUUUCUAACUUUUCUAACAAUUGUACAGAAGUUUAAAUGUUGGGGAAAGAAACCUGAAAUGAAAAUCAAAGUAUGAAUGGUUAAGUGACGAAUGUUAGACUAAUCCAUUAUCAGGUCAGUUCGCAUUUUUACUUUACAUAGGUAUGGUUAAAAAUGUACAAUGAGCAAUUUUAUUUAGCUUUUUAAGGAAGUCGGACACAUAACUUACAAUAAGGUGCAGAUAAUGACAUUUAUUUUCAAAGACAAUGCUGUGAUUUGUACAACUUGUAAUCAGUUUACUAUGAUUUAUACAUGAUGGGUGCAUUACACAGAACUGUCGGUAUGUUUCCAAAACCUCAACCGAUCUGCAUUUAAUUUCAAAAUCAAUUCUCUGCACUAGCAUGGGAUUAGAAAUAUUUUACCUUCAGAGAUAAACAGUAAGUGUUUGUUUUAGCUGCAAGGUUAUUCUGUUUAAUACUGUAAAUGUUGUAUGAAGUUUUGCUCUCUACAGACCUGUAGUUAAUAAUAUUUAAGAAUAUUUUAAGUUAAGUCAACUUGUAUAGGGUUACAUUUUUCUAAACUUUAUUUUAAACCAGGUGCAACAAUUGCUGAAUUGGUGUGAAUAUAAGGGGACAUUCCCAAACUGUAGAGCUGACUUUCCCUGGCAUUCUCCUGCUCCUUCACUGUUUCUUUGGCAGAAAGGCUGUGGGAACCCAGAAGAAAGGAAUAGACACCACGUUUCUGGUGUUCUCAGGGCUAUUCGCCUGGAUGAGUGAGAGAGGCCUCUACUCCUAAGCGACUACAUCUGCUUUGAUUCUUUCCAUAUUUUACUGGCCAACUUCUCCACCUCUUGCAUUGUGAAGGCCAUCUCACUUAUAAAGUAAAGCACUCAUUCUUGUUGAAGUUUUUUUACAUUGCCAGCAGUGGAACACUUCCAGAAUGGACACUUGUUCCCUCUCCAACAACAAAUGCAAAAAGUUUCCUUAACAUUCUAUUCUACAAAUUGCAAAAGUGAAUCUGAGAAAUGUUCAAUAAUUCUUGGCAGUAGGUAUUCCCAAAAACCUGGAAUAAAAAAAUGGAAUUUUGUUAUAAUUUCUGAUGGUGCUGACAUGUGCCAUCCUCAAAGGAGUAAUUCAAAAAUGCACCAAAGCCUUUGUGAAGAAUUGAUCAAUUUGCCAACUGUAUGAUUUUAAUGCACCAUUGAAUAUAUUAAGCAGUAAUCCUCAGACAGAUUCAAUGGCAUGAACCAUAAACCUACCCACUUGCACUCUAAUUUUUUUCCUGCGCCAUGUCUGUUUCAGUUGUGCUACUUUUAAUCUUAGAUUUAGAAUUCUGUUACAGAAAUCUCACUGCACUAUCUGAUUGGGGCUGGAUGAAUACUGUAUGCAGAACUAGUCCCAUUUUGCCCCUUUGUUCAUGUUAUUUAAGAAGAUAAAAGGUUAACAUUAGGGGUAUAUAAAACUCAUUGUACAUAUAUUUAAGUUGGGUUAUUUGUCCCAAUUAACAUUCUUGAAUUUCUUCCCAACUUUAUUCCUAUUACUUUUGUUUUCAAAUAACUCUCCAUCUUUUUAAUUUUUAACUUUUUAAAUCCUUCUCUAUUCUUCUCAUAGAAUGAGUUGUACACAUCCUGAUUUGAAAAUUGAGCCACGUUUGUUAUGGAAUGAACUGGUAUCAAGUUCAUACCAUGGUUUCCUUGCUUCUCCAUAUAUUCCCUAUGGGAAGUGUUUGUCUUCUACUAAACAUCGUCUCCUCUCCACCUGCUCAAACCUGGAAGUCACUGCUGUUGUCCUGUUCCAUUUCUAUGAAUUUACAACCAAUGACAAUGGUUUUGUUCCCACCUUCAUCAUUCCUUUCUCUCUGUCCUCAGUUACAUUUUCCAAGUGUGUGAAUUAGCAUGUUGCUAGGAUUCAUUUUGCUUUUGGAGUUAUCUCUACUUCACUGCCAUUUAAUUCUAUUAAUAUUUGGAAAUGUCCCCCAGAUGCACUUCAGAUAAAUGAAGUUAUAUGAAGAUAUAUGAAGUCAUUUAGCAUUAAAAUACAAAAGGAUAGGCAAAAAACACAUUCAAUCAUAAUGUGCAGCUCCUUAAUUACAUCACCACAUAUUUCAAGAAACUGUACUGAAAGUUUGCCAUCCGUAUUUCCUGUAUAUGAGUGCACUUUAUUGUUAACCUUUAUAUACUGGAUAGAUAAUUGUGAUUAGUGUUCUCAUUAGGAGAUGAACAGUUGUAAUCCUUGGUGUAUUUCACAGAAAAAAAGAACAAAAUACUAAAUUUGUAGCACAAAAGGGAUUGCUGUAAAUAAAUGCCACAUCUGGCACUAAUCCAGCAUCCCUCAAACGCACUUCCUUGGAAACUCCAACAGCGCACAACUUAACUCUCACUUUCACCGUGUAUAUAAUGAAAAUAGAAAUGGUACAUGUUACCUGGAAAUGCAUAUAAAAUCAUUCUUUCUCAUGUGCCUAUAAUAUUUUUGUAGUACAAAAUUCAAUUGUAGAAACUCACCAUUACAUUGAUGAGAGAGGGCCUGUCGUGUAUGAUAGUUACACCACUUGGUGGUUUAUAAAUCUAGAUUAGAACAGCACAACUAAAUAUUGAGAAUGAGUAAAUUAAUUUUCUGCCUGCAAAUUAUAUUGGGUUGUACUCUCGGCAAAAACAAUUGAUUUGCAAGAGUUAGUAAGGAGAAGAAAAGUCAGGAGGGCCUCCUAAAACUGUUAGGGAUAUGGAUGCAUUGGCUGGGUAAUUUCCAGAGAGUACGUACAGCAUAGCAUUAAUUGACUAACCAGUACACUUUAAAGUGUUGAAUUAGUAUCGCACGGCAGAGAGUUCUCUACAAAAUUACUGGAAGGAUUGGAGUGAAAACAUAGCAUUUUCCUUAAUUCUGGUCUAAGCAAAUUGCACAAUCAGGGCCACACAUUGACUUAUAUUCCGAAUAAAUCCUGAACAUGUCUAUCCGAAUCAAUCUGGUUCUCAAAAUCUCUUUGCAGCCCUUUAUUAAUGAAAGAUGGAGCAACAGUAAGAUAAUUUGGAGUUAAGUUGUGUUGGCUGAACGUUUCCUUUAGCCUGCAGCUCUUAAGAUCACAGAAACUUGCUAACUUUUCAUUAUCACAGCAACUCUAUAUUUGAGUUGCCCAUAUCUCUAAAUAGUUUACAGUUAAGACAUAUGUGUGAUUCCUGAAGUGCAGAUCACCUUCUGGGUCUUGUGGUUUGUGCUGAAGAGAUAGUUGUUGUUUUAGCUGGAUCACCUUGGCUGGGUUUCCGCAAUUGUUCAAUUGCAUAACUUGCUGUCAGAAUGAUCAAUGCAAUGCCACUGCCAACAGAGCCAUGGGAAUAACCCCUCAACAGGUAACUGAAACAACAUUUUAGAACUAAAAUUAUACUCUCUGGCCUAUUUGCAAAAUGUUCAAUACUGUGUGAUUUUAUUAUUUACUUUUCAAUUUAUGAUGUUUGAUAUUAAAGUUAUUGAUAGCUCCUGAUGUAAACAGUAACACUCACCCUCAGCACCCUAAUAAUAUGAGCAUCUUACUCUAGUGAUGUUUUGAAGCACUCUCUCUAAAUGUGGCAAAUUAUGAGACAUUAAUGCUUUAUCAUCUUGGUUUCAAAGAUGCAAGUAUACCAUUCCCAAAUUAAAUUAAGAACACAUACUGUAUAUUUAUUGGCCAUGUAGUACCUUGGUGCAUGGAUAAGUGAAGGUUGCAAAAUCAAUGCUGUGUAAACCAACAAAAGUUGUCUUAAAUAUGUUAGUGAAUCACCAUGGAGAUACUGGUUAAAUCAUGUAAUGUGCAGUGUCGAAAAGCUGCAUAAAACAUUCAGGAAUCUACUAUUUAAAAAGUGCCAUGAUUUGAAAAUGUAAUUUAGUGAUUACAUAUCUACAUAUAUCUUACUGAUCUGUUGCUUCUGUCUCUAGUGAUCCCAAAGUCCAGUGUCUAAACUGGCUUAUUUUCCCACAUGUAUCAUAGUUAAGGGAGGAAAUUAAAAUAUUGGGGCAAGGUGCAAUAUAUAGUUCAUGAACAUCAAUUGUCAGACCUUCACCAGAAAUAUCAUAUUGAAAAUAGCCCUGUGCAUUUUCACAACGUUGUUUGUCAUAAUUGUACAUUCAAGCUUUCAUUCUGACUUUAAGUGAACUUGUGUAUAUUUGCAGUUAAAAUUAUCAACCUUAAUGGUAUUGACACUCCAGUAGAUAGCACAUUUAUGACUCAGAACUGUCUGAUCUUUAUGUGAUUUGCUCAGAACAGUACAACGUGUAACAGGAAUUAAUGUUCCUUCCUAAUGAGGAGUGCAAUGUUAUUUUUUAUUAUUGUUGAGUAAAUGAGAUGCAGAAUCAGCUGCGGCAGGGAUGCAUGUCGGUACUUCUUUUCCUUCCUUGAAAAAGAUAUAACAAAAUACUAACCAUUUGAAUGUAAUUGCAGAAAAUUAUAUUGCACCAUGUGUCACUUCUGUGUUGAUUCAUGGGUUCCUUUAUUUUUGCUGUACUUUAAUAAUGCACCAAGAAGGCAUUUUUACACAGUGAGGCACCAGCUGGGGAGCUGUGUAAAAAAAAAAAUUUCUCUCGUGUCUCUCCCUCUCUGUCCACACCACCCUCAUUCUCUCUCCCUCUCUCUUUCGAUGUAAAGGAUUUUUCUCUGUAUAUUAUAAACUGCAUGUUUUGUUCCAGUUACUGAUUAAUAAUUACAAGAGGUUGUGAUAUUGUAUCCAGGUCGUCCUGGGCUGCGGCCCUUUCCAUAUUUUGGAUGGAGAUUUCUCUUUGCUGUAUUGCUUGCUGAGCAGAGUAAUAUUGUCUGUACAUGUGGGCUGUGAGUUAGUGCAAAAACAAAACAAAAAAAAUAAACGAAUGCUUCUGUUUUUAUUUUUCAUUUACAGAUUGUGAUCUGUACAAUUUACUGUAUGGAAAUACUGUACCUAUUUAUAAAUGGUUAAGACUUCAAAUUAAAUGAAACGCCACAGCCCAA